AAAACACAAACAUAAGACGGGUAGAGUUUGUGAAGAUCAUCCCUGAAAAAGACGGAAGCAGUGUCGCUGUGCUGAAACACAACAGAAGACAAAUCCUAUAGUCAGUCAUCCACUGACAAACACGUGCUGCAGGGAAGAUGCGACUGUUGGGUUGCUAGUAAGCAAUCCCCUCCCACCCUGCCCUCCCCUCCUCUUUCUCUUUCUCCAUCCCCAUCCUUCCCUCUCUUCCUCCACCCUUGUUCACCUUGUCUGCUCUGGCUUUUUAUUGUUGCGUCAGAGCCAAAGCGAGGCAGCUAAGAGAGAAAGAAGCAUGCCGGGGGAGAGCACUCACGGAUCCGUGCCCGCCAACGAGCAUCCAGGGCGGGGAGAGGACGACAUCGGGCUCCCCGGACCAGGCAAAAGCAGACAUCCAUCCGCGGCGUCUACACCCAGUGACAGUGGCUCUUCCCCUUCUGACAGUGGUUCCAGUCCUUCUCCCAGGACUCCUCAGAAGCUACUACAAUCACACACAUCCCCAUUUGGACCCAGACUAUUUCAUGCAACACCUAACUCCACUGGGACUCCAAGACCUCAACCUGAAGGGUCUGACCAUCGACACAAAAACCUGCCGAGAUUGUCCGGAAAGUUAGGCGGUCAUGGACCUUGUGGUCGCCUUGUCCCUGUAAAAAUGGAGAGAAUCAAAGUCCUGACUGGUUUUGAGGUGGAGAGUGAUUAUCCAGAGCCAAAAACCAUGGACACAAGGGUGGUGAUGGGUCAGGAGACACUCCUCAAACCGUCAGAGAUCCUGAAAAGGACACGAUUGGAUGGACACUGUGGCCAGGCUAGCCCAUCAUCAGUUAUCCAAAGCUUUGCUGAAGCUCAGACAAAGGCAAACAAGACCCAGAUGGAAACAAACGAUGACGAGUGCAAAAUUAAAAACCUGGAAAAAGAAGAUAAACAAACAGAACAUGCUCCACCCUCAACUAUUUACGUUUCCCCUGUGAACAGUCUUGCAAUACCCUACUCCUUGUCCUCCUCAUGUCUGGAGCCUGUCACAAAUGAUGACAAUUUGAUGUCAAAGGAAGAGGCUCAAAGCCUUGCUAAUGUUGAAGUGCCUUCCCAAUCUGUCCAUGAGCAAGCCUGUCCGGUGACUCUGUCCUUUUCUGAGCCGACUUAUUCUGUCGAUCCACUCCGAGUGGGUCUUCCCUCAUCCCUCGACCCUGACUUGUAUUAUACUGCCCCUUCCACUCCAAUCAAGAUGGCGUCACGCUCCUCACAUCUCAAACAUCAUUCAUAUCCUGGAUCUCCUGCUUUCUCCCCCUCGCCAGGCUUACCCUCAGACAGCGACGACCUCUGCUCCCCUGUGACCUCCCCCUCUGGCUCUUAUAUGACAGCUGAGGGAGGAAGCUGGACCUCCUCCUAUGCAUCUUCUGCCUCCCCCUCCACUUCUCCCAACCUGCUGCUCGCCGAAGACACACAGGAGGCUCGUGCUUGUUUUGUUGGCUCCUUGUCUGAGAUCGGAGAUGAAGUUGGCGAGGACAAGGUGCGAACAAGUCCCGAGCGUGAGAAUGAGACGGUCAGGGAAUUAUAUAUGCACUCUUCUGAGGAUAUCAUUAACCCACGGCUUGGGAUAACAGGUACAACAAUACUUGAAGAGGAAGAUGCUCAAAAUGAUGAAGAUGACACCAGGAUUUCCAGAGAAAGUUGUCGUCCUUGUUGGGUGACUGAGCAUAAACCUCCACCAAGGAGCAGUAGCAGCCACACCAGUGACUCCCAGGAAUAUGGUGGAGAGUCUGAGAGUUCUCUCUGUCAGCUAGAGGAGGCUAGUGCAAGGAUGGAGGAUCACUGCAGACCCAUGCAUACGCUUCUCAAACUGCAACUGGACCCAUGUAUAUCCGAGGUAGAUUACAGACACACAGCUGAUCAGCGAGAGAAAACCUCCACAGAUGUCACUCCUGAUAUAGCCUCAUCUAACCCUAGUCCUGACUCACCUGUCGAUCAACUUUAUUCGUUCUGUCCUGGAACCUUUGGUAGGCCUGGCCCCAGUUCUUUUAUGUUUUCUCAGACAGCUAGUGCUGAGGAUUUACCAGAAGAGGAAAGGAUGAUCCCUGUCUCUCUCCUCCCAUUUCCUCCUCACACGAGCCUUAUUUUUAAAGCAGAUUCCUUUGAAAUCACUCUCUUUCCCACUGAAGAUGACAAUGAAGUAGUCAUGGACAGAAAUGAAGGCAAGGAUGUCGAUGCAUAUGCAGCAGGAGAGGAGGAAGCGGAUGUUGAAGAUGGUGAUGAAGAAGAUGACGAUGACUAUGUUGAUGAUGAUGCCAGUGUUAAUAAAACUGUGGACGGUGGGCAUGAUGAUGUUGGCGAUGAUGAUGAUUAUAAUUAUGAUGAUGACACUGACAACAGUGAUGAGCCGGUUAAGGAAGCUAAGGUGGAGGUGAAAGUGGUUGAAGAGGAAGAAGAUGAAGAAGAGCAAGAUGAUGAAGAGGGCAAGUAUAUCAGGAAAGUAGUGGAGGGUGCUACCGAUGACGACAGCUCAGCCUCCUUUCUUCAUACACUCUCAGAGACAUCUAUAAAUGAGGGUCUGGAUGACUUCUUCUGUUUCCAAGACGAUACAGAUGACUCAUUAGAUUCUGCUUCCUAUAAUGGAGAGGAAGAUGAACGCCUGUACAGUACUGAGAGGCAUGCACAGUCACUAGAACCAACACUCGAUUCUACUGAAAUACCAUCAAAAUCUGAAACUGGAUCUGCCACUGCAAUUGAUCAAACUGAAUCUUUGCACACACAGCAAAGUCCAGAUACAACACUGAAUCACUCUGAAACAACUUGUCUUUCUGCAGACAUAUCCACUGAGUCCAAAUGCAAUGAAAUCAAACACAAAUCUGCAGAAGCACCGGGAUGUUCCAGUCCAUUAGAAAAACCAAAAGCGCCAGAAGUGGAUGAGAUCUCGGGAAAAUCAUUUACAGCUUCCGAUCAGUGCGAAUCUUCUAUCAAAAACAGUGGGAAUUCGAUUGAGAUGAUAAAAGAUUUUGUCUCUCUACAGGAAUCUAAACACAGCCCUUGUGAUAGCUCUCACAACAACACUGCUGCCCAAUCCUACCCCUCACCUUCUCCUGGGAGACUAGAGACUACAUACCCUUGUAGUCCAGUUCUUCAAAAUGAAACAGCAGAUGAGGAUGAUAUGAAUGAUGUUAGUGUAGAACAGCCCAAUGAAGGCACAGAAGAUCCCACUCCAGAAAGGGAUUCUUAUAAAUUGCUCAUUAAACAUAGUCAUUAUCAAUCAGGAAGUCAUGUCGUUGCAGGAACAAGUAGAAUUGUAUCAUCACGGUGGUCCUCCAAUAGAUCUGAUAAACCUGAGAGAGAAGACCAGACCAGGAAUAAUAAAAACAGUAGAGUAGACAUUACAAGCAUAGACUGUAGAGCCACUGAUUUGGGUUUCUCUAGUUUGGGUAUGACCACUGCUACUAAUGACUUGAAUAAAGGUGUCCUUCCUCUCUCCUAUCCUAAAGAGCCCAGUCCCAACCCCAGUAAUAUCCCAAUCUCUCCAUCUCCGGGGGUUAUUUUAGGACUUGCCGACAACCUGACCUUGACUCCUGAACAUUGCCCUGGUGACUCCGGUCAGGAGAACUUGAGUACUGACGAGAGGGCACUUGGAGCAUCAGGAUCCCCUCACUCUCCUCUAGCAAUCUCACCCAAAAGAGAAAAUUCAGAAACAGAUACAAGAAGGGAAAUUGAUCCUGGACCCAGGAUUUGGUCUGAUGAUAAGACUGGAUUACAUUCAGGAUCCAUGUCUGAAUUUGGAGUAUGGGGAGCAGGAGAUUCUCUUUCCUUGUCUCUGGGGAAGAAGUAUGAGUUAGAGGCAGAGAGUGUACUUAUGUGUGACACACGAGGCCGGGGGACAGAGACUACUGUGAUUCCUAACAUGAAUAGUGAAGGGUACAAAAAAUAUGACAUUGAUUUUGGUUAUGUUCUGGAGACAAAAGAUAACAACAGAAUGGAUGGAAAGAGGCAUCGGAAAGAAGAUAAAGAACUGAUAGUAGAGGGGACUUCUGAGUCUGAUUUGGUUUGCUGGAAAUCAAUUGAAGAGAUUUUGGAGGCAGAUGGGGGAGAGAGGAGAUUUCCUAACGAUGAUGAUGUCAGUAAUCUAAAUCACAAUAAUGAUGGAGAUUACACAGACACACAAAUACAAGUAACGUGGAUGGAUUCCAACAAUAAUAAUGACUCUACCUUUGAUUCACUGGAAAUAGCAAUGCGUGAAGGACUGAAUGCUCUGUCAGAGGAAGUGAGACCUGAAUUUGUGAGUGUCAAGGUCAGAGAAUCAGUUUCUAAUAUUCCACUUGAAGAGAUGCCAUUAAGGGUUUCUGUCACGCCCCAUGAUGAACAAGAACGAGCAGGCGGUUCUGUAGCCCAAACAUCACACACGACACAGACACCAUCCUCAGAAGAAUGUUAUUGUAGCUUGCCAUUAAAUAACACCAGCGAGGGAAAAUCUGCAACAAGUCAACAUCUCAACAGCAUAGCAGAAAGAAGUCCAGACGAUCAGACAAUCACCCAAGAUAGUAACAUUGCACUUUAUUUACUUGAUGGAUCAUUUGGUUCCUUUAAUCCUAGAUGUAAAUCUAAUGCACCUGCACCCAUUCAAGGUGCAAAUAAUGGUUUGCCAUUAGAAUCAGAUGAGGUGCUGGUGCAGCCUGAAACAAGUGAUGCCAGUCCUGUGACUGAUAGACUUGUUGAUGAACCAAAGACUAAAGAUGCCUUUAAGGGACAGCAGUGUGUGGGUUUGAACUCAGGGAUGGAUGAGGAAGAAAAUGCCAAGAAAUUUAAAAAGGGAUGCGCAAAGAACUAUAGAAAGAAAAAAGAAACUCCGUCUUCCCCACAAACUACCUUGGAGGGUUUUCCACAUGACACUGCUAAGGAUGCACUUUCCACAGAGAAAGCUGGCGCUAUGAAGAAAGGGCGAAGACGGAAACAACACAAGGCCUCUAAGGCGGUGACUAAUUUGGACUCCAGCCCUGAAAUUGCUGAUGAUGAAAAGAAACCUCUAGCUCCCAAACACAUUUCAACAGAUGGAAGCUCAGUGGCGAUGGGUGGCCUUUCAAAAAGGAAUAAAGGCAAAAAGGCUAACAAAAAAAUGUCAUCAGACGAGUGUCAGCAGAAGAAAGACAAAUCUGGAUCACACGUUCAAUUAGAAAACUCUGAGAAGCCUACUCCAGAGAACCUCAAUGCUAUAGUAGAACCAAACCACGAAUCACACCAGGAACAAGAAGGGCUUGACAACAGAGCAGAAAUGCUUGAAAACAGACAGGAAGUGCUUGAUAACAGACCACCGUCAAAUAGUGAGAGAGGAAUCCGAGUGGAUAUUAAUGACAACAACAUAGACGAUGAUCGGAACUCACAGGCUAACACGCUAUCCACUCCAUCAUCUUCUUCAGCAUCUCCUGUGUCCUCUUCCUCACCCAUCCGUCAAGCUUCGACAGAGCCGGAGCCUGACCUUGCCACACCUGUGCAAGAAUCCCAACCUGGACUUUCAUCCCACAAACUGCCUUCCCGAGCAACAUCCCAUACAACCGCCACAAUUUACUCCACGUCUGCCAUUUGCCAACAAGCAGUUUUUUCCAAAUUUCUUCCAAAUGUGGAAGAGGCCACCAUCACAACAUCUGACCCGAGUGUUGCAUUACCCUCACCAUCUUUUGGGAUGUCCAAGCCAACCCAGGAGUCAUCUUCCAUUCCUUCAUGCCAUACCACCAAACAAGGCUGCACAAAGGAUGUGGCCAAAGAUUCCAGUCUCGUCAAGAGAGGUACAGACCGUGAGGAGGAUUGUGGAAUUGCGAGGCCUGUUCAAAGGUCUCUGCUCAAAGAAGCAACAGGAAACAGAAGUGGAUCCAAUGCAAGAACUGCUCCAUCCAAUCAAAACGAAAGCCACCCAUUCUCUUCUCAUCAGCUAACCGACAAAGAGUCGGGCUGUGCAGUCAAUCACGGCCAAGCAAAUUCUGAAGACUUCAAAAAUAGUCUUUCUCUUGUGGCUUCUUGUAACGAGUCUGAGAGCGAGGGCUCUGUCCCUGAGCUGGUGGAGGAGCCAGUGAGAUCUCCUAAACCAAAGUCCUUCUCCUCUGCAGACGAAGGCUCGAACAGACAAAAACAGAGCCGCAGUGAGAAGAAGGCCCGUAAGGCCAUGUCUAAACUGGGUCUCAAGCCGGUCCAUGGUGUGACCAGAAUCACCAUAAGAAAGUCCAAGAGUAUCCUGUUUGUCAUCAGCAGACCAGAUGUCUUUAAAAGCCCCGCGUCAGAUAUUUAUAUUGUAUUUGGGGAGGCCAAAAUUGAGGACCUUUCUCAGCAGGCUCACAAAGCUGCUGCAGAGAAAUUCAAGGUGCCUGUGACCUCCAGUCCCUUGGCGCCCCCCAUCCCACCUAGCCUCAACGUCAAGGAGAAGAGCGAAGACGAGGAAGAGGAGGUGGACGACGGGGGUCUGGAGCAGAGGGACGUGGAGCUGGUGAUGGCUCAGGCAAAUGUGUCGCGAGCCAAGGCCGUGCGUGCACUGAAACACAACAAGAACGACAUAGUGAACGCUAUCAUGGAGCUGACCAUGUGAAUCCUGUGGCUGAUAUGAAGCUCGACCUCCUCCUCGACCUGAAGCCUAAACACCACUCUGUAUCGCUGCUACUGUAUGUUGCAUCUCCAAUACCUGCUCAAUAAAUAAAGUAUGUUAGGAUGCCA